UGGAGGGGCAGACAAGGAUUCAUCAUUUGCACCCGCAUUCUGUGGAUUGUCUCUGCCAGCCCGAAUAUCGAGAGGACCAAGAAACGACAUACACCUUUGGGAUCGCCAAACAAGACGAACACCGGACCGAACCACCGAGACAUUAGAGUCCGGCCGAGGAGCAACCACCAGACACACACAUCAUGGCGACGGCCACCAUGACGGCGAUGGCUACGGCCUCGACCAAGAAGAAGGGCGGCGCAGAGCUUGCCCCCGAGAGCGAGCGCUUCCUGCGAUGCUGCGCCGACGUUGCGAAUGCCCUCAUCGAAGACCACGAAUCCUCCAAGGCCGGGCGCACCUCGCGGGACAUCAACCUCAACGCCCUGCGGAACAAGCUCGCCAAGAAGCACAAGCUUAUGAACAUCCCGCCACUGACGGCCAUCAUCGCCUCGAUCCCCGAGCACUACAAGAAGUACAUUCUGCCUAAGCUCAUCGCGAAGCCCAUCCGCACUUCUUCGGGCAUUGCUGUCGUCGCCGUCAUGUGCAAGCCGCAUCGCUGCCCGCACAUCGCCUACACCGGCAACAUCUGCGUCUACUGCCCCGGAGGCCCCGAUUCCGACUUCGAAUACAGCACCCAGUCGUACACUGGAUACGAGCCGACAUCCAUGCGAGCCAUCCGCGCCCGGUAUGAUCCAUUUGAGCAGGCCCGCGGCCGAGUCGACCAGCUCAAGUCUCUCGGCCACUCCGUCGACAAGGUCGAGUACAUUAUCAUGGGCGGUACCUUUAUGUCACUGCCUGAGUCAUACCGGAAUGAGUUCAUCGCCCAGCUUCACAACGCUCUGAGCGGAUACCAGACAUCCAACGUGGACGAGGCGGUGGAGGCGGGAGAGAUGAGCAACAUCAAGUGCGUCGGCAUCACCAUUGAGACGCGGCCCGACUACUGUCUCCAACCUCACCUGUCAGACAUGCUACGAUACGGUUGCACGAGAUUGGAGGUUGGAGUUCAGUCGCUUUACGAGGAUGUGGCCCGCGACACAAACAGAGGCCACACAGUUGCGUCGGUCGCAGAGACCUUCUGCUUUGCUAAGGACGCGGGUUACAAAGUGGUCAGCCACAUGAUGCCUGACUUGCCUAACGUCGGCAUGGAACGCGACAUUGACCAGUUCAGGGAGUAUUUUGAGAGCCCGGCCUUCAGGACCGAUGGCCUCAAGAUCUACCCGACACUAGUUAUUAGAGGCACCGGUUUGUACGAGCUCUGGCGGACAGGGCGGUACCAGAACUACACGCCCAACGGCCUAAUCGACCUCGUCGCCAGAAUCAUGGCGCUGAUUCCCCCGUGGACGCGUAUCUACCGUGUCCAGCGAGAUAUCCCAAUGCCCCUAGUCAGUUCGGGCGUGGAGAACGGAAAUCUGCGCGAACUGGCGCUGGCUCGCAUGAAGGACUUUGGAACAACCUGCCGAGAUGUGCGUACCCGAGAAGUCGGUGUCAACGAAAUCAAGAACAAGAUCCGACCCAACCAGAUCGAGCUGGUGCGGAGAGACUACACGGCCAACGGCGGCUGGGAGACAUUCCUGGCCUACGAGGACCCCAAGCAAGAUAUCCUGGUUGCUCUGCUCCGACUGCGCAAGUGCACCGAGAAAUACACAUUCCGACCCGAGCUUACCGGCCAGCCGACGAGUAUGGUGCGAGAGCUCCACGUCUACGGUACUGCUGUGCCCGUCCACGCCCGCGACCCGCGAAAGUUCCAGCACCAAGGCUUCGGAACGUUGCUGAUGGAGGAGGCGGAGAGGAUCGCCAGGGAUGAGCAUGGUAGUGACAAGAUCAGUGUUAUUUCAGGCGUGGGUGUGAGGAGCUACUACAAGAAGCUCGGAUUCUGGCUGGACGGACCAUACAUGAGCAAGUGGCUCGACGGGCGACCGCAAGAGGCAUAAUGACGAAAACGCUAUGGGAUAGUAUGGAAUGAAUGAAACGGGGAGGCAUUGCUGGACCUGGAAAUACCUCACGGCAAGAAAAAUAUGGGUUCAUAGACAAAGGCGCAAUUCGGGUUCUGGGAGCAUGAAGUUACAACUUAUGGUGGCUUGAAUGAAGAAACUCUUAACGAUGCAGACAUGAUGUUGUGACAAUCUGAUUG